AUGGACUUAUCUUUAGUUCGGAUGACUGACGCGUACUUCAGCGCCCUUUUGGCUAGAUCACCAGAUUCAAGUGCGGGAAUCCUUCAUCCUGGGCAAGCUGGAUUAGAUUUACCACACCAUAGGCAACCACGUCAUUCUGGAACUUUAGGACAUCAAGAUAGAUCAAGCUCCGCGCCUAAUGUGUGCUUAAAUAGUACACGAGGGAUUGUGGACGAUUAUCCUCGUUCGUUAUCUUUAAAUAGAGCCGGUGAAUACGACUCUCCCCCUCAUUGUAGAAGUACGCAAGCAUCACCCACCAGCUCCUCACAACCGGGCUCACGAAGACCAAGAGCACGUUCAGCAGAUGAGAGUAAACCAUUGUUAGGCCCAAGAGAAAGUAUAGAAGAUUGGGAAAUACCGGCAGAUGAAAUUUUAGUUGGAUCUAGAGUAGGAUCUGGUAGUUUUGGAACUGUGUACAAGGCCCAUUGGCAUGGACCUGUUGCAGUGAAAACAUUGAAUGUUAAGAUUCCUACGGCUUCACAGUUACAGGCAUUUAAAAAUGAAGUAGCAGUUCUACGUAAAACGAGACAUGUAAAUAUUUUAUUGUUUAUGGGAUGUGUCAGCAAGCCUAAACUUGCUAUUGUUACACAGUGGUGUGAAGGGUCUAGCCUUUACAAGCAUUUGCAUGUGUUCGAAAGCAAAUUUGAAUUAUUCACGCAUAUUGAAAUAGCACGCCAAACAGCACAAGGUAUGGAUUACUUACAUGCAAAAAAUAUUAUACAUCGUGACUUAAAAUCAAAUAAUAUCUUUCUACAUGAUGAUUUAACAGUUAAAAUCGGCGAUUUUGGUCUAGCUACCGCAAAAACAAGGUGGUCUGGAUCACAGCAGUUUUACCAACCAACAGGAUCCAUAUUGUGGAUGGCCCCAGAGGUCAUCCGUAUGAAAGAAGAUAAUCCUUACAGUUUUCAAUCUGAUGUUUACGCUUUUGGUAUUGUAAUGUUCGAAUUACUCGCUGGACAGUUACCUUAUUCUCAUAUAAAUAAUAAGGACCAAAUUCUAUUUAUGGUAGGUAGGGGAUAUUUAAAACCAGAUCUCAUUAAAUUGAGAUCAGAUACUCCAAAGUCAUUGCGAAGACUUAUUGAAGACUGCAUAAAAUUUAAUAGGGACGAAAGGCCACUAUUUCGACAAAUUCACGCAUCCUUGGAAGGAUUUUUAAGAAACUUACCGAAAAUUCAUCGCUCCGCAUCGGAACCUAACAUGAAUAGAACGCAAUUGCAGUCUGAUGACUGCUUUAUGUACACAUGUGCGAGUCCAAAGACGCCCAGUUUCGGACCAUCAACUAACUUUUUGUUUUAUUCCUCAGGUACGGGAAAUAUUUAAUGCUCUUAGGAGUCGCUUUUAAGCAAUUCGAUCUCAAGAUGUCAAUAUAUAUACGCUAAAUUAUAUCUAGAUUAAGGGAUCUCCUCUUUAUACUUUAUUUAUUCCCCAGUUUCUUAUUUCUCUCUUUUAAUUUAUUAUUUCAUAUGGUUGUGAUUGUGUGUACGCGUGUGUGUGUGUGCUUAGCAUUAGAACUUAAUUGCGUACCUACCUUUAAGUUAUUGUAAAAUAUGUACCUAUAUUUAAAUUAUUGUAUAUUGUUUUGUUUUCAUAAUAAUAAAA